UCCCAUACAAAAGGCAUAUCUCAAUCUAACAUUAACUUGUAUUACAUACAUAAAGCUUUGUUUUUUAUUUUUUGUAGACUUGAGUCGACAAAUAAAAUGUGUAAGGUGAAAGACCACCAAUUAUUGAGGACCUUGUUGAAACUGAAAGUGAACAACACGUUGUUCAACAAAAACGAAACUCAGUGUUUUGAAGAAACAUGUUUGAGGAUUGUUUCAUCAUGCAACUCACAGUCCUUGGAACAAGGUUUGUGUGUCCACACCCCACUUAUCAAACUGGGUCUUCAAGGUAACAUGCUUUUAAGCAACAAUCUCUUGUCUCUUUAUGCUAAAUGCUUUGGACCACAACAAGCACAUUACUUGUUUGAUGAAAUGCCUUAUAGAGAUGUUGUAACUUGGACUGGUUUACUUUCUGCUUAUUCAAGAGCUGACAAACAUUGUAUGACCCUUGAGUUGUUUGAUUCCAUGAUAGCUUCUGGGGAAACCCCAAAUGAGUUUACUUUCUCUAGUGUUUUACGUUCAUGUUCUGCCCUUGGUGAAUUCUAUUUGGGGACUCACAUUCACAACUAUAUUGUAAAACUUGGGUUAGAGACGAACACAGUUUUGCUCACCUCCUUGAUUGAUUUUUAUGCCAAGUGUGGUUAUACCGAGGAAGCUCAUAAUGUGUUUAGAAAUAUGGAUAAGGGUAAUACUAUAACUUGGACAACAAUGAUUUCUUCAUUGCUCCAAGCUCAAAAAUGGAGUCUGGCUUUGAAACAUUAUAUUGAUAUGAUCAAUGCCCAAGUUCCUCCAAACGAGUUCACUUUUGUGAAACUUUUAGAGGCUUCCUGUUAUCUAGAGUCACAUUAUGGGAAACUGCUACAUGCCCAUUUAAUAACUCGGGGAAUAACUUUGAGUUUGAUGCUGAAAACAGCUCUUGUGAAUAUGUAUUCGAGUUCCAAGAGGAUGAAAGAUGCCAUUAAGGUCUUACAUCUCACCCCUGAAUAUGAUGUCGUGCUAUGGACCUCUGUUAUUUCCGGUUACACUAAUGACUUGAAAAUCAAGGAGGUUGUUUCUGCAAUGCAGGAGAUGGAGAUCUUGGGAAUUAAGCCAAAUAGUUUCACGUAUUCUAACAUACUAAAGGCUUGUGCAACUGUUUUGUUAUUCGAAUUAGGAAAGCAAAUACACUCGCUGGCUUUCAGGACUGGCUUGGAGGCUAAUGUUUCUGUUGGAAAUGCACUAGUUGAAAUGUAUAUGAAAUGUUCCAACUUCGUCGAAGAUGGUUUCAGAGUCUUUAGGGGAAUAACCUCACCAAACGUUAUCUCUUGGACGUCUUUGAUUGCUGGUUUUGCUGAUCAUGGUUUUGAACGAGAUUCUUUCCAGUUUUUCCUGCAGAUGCAAGCCAUGGGAGUAGAACCGAAUUCUUAUACUCUUGUUGUCCUCCUUCGUGCCUGUAGUACCGAUAAAUCAAUGAGUCGAAUGUUAAAGCUUCAUGGAUACAUACUUAAAGCUAAAGCAUUUUCUGAUGUAAUGGUUGGAAAUGCUCUUGUAGAUACUUAUGCUUCUGUAGGUAUGGUAAAUGAUUCAUGGAAAGUAACAAAAAGACUGAAGCACAGAGACAUUAUCACAUACACAAAUUUAGUGGCCCGAAUGAACAAGUUGGGAAAUCACCAAAUGGUAUUGAAUGUCAUCAAGCACAUGAAGGAUGACGAAAUUGAGAUGGACGGAUUUAGCUUAUCAAGUUUUUUGUCUGCGUCAGUGGCCUUAGCAGCAAUCAAAAUUGGGAAGCAACUCCAUUGUUAUUCAAUAAAAUCGGGUUUCAGCAGCUGGACUUCAGUUUCCAACAGUUUGGUUGACUUGUACUGGAAAUGUGGUUAUGCAGAAGAUGGUUACAGAGCUUUUAGAGAAAUUUCAGAUCCAGAUGUUAUAUCAUGGAAUGGAUUAAUUUCUGGAUUGGCAUCAAAUGGGUACAUCAACUCGGCUCUUUCUGCCUUGGAAGACAUGAGGUUAGCAGGACUGAAACCUGAUUCCAUCACAUUCCUGUCUGUACUUUUUGCUUGCAGCCGAGGUGGGUUGGUUGAUUUAGGCCUUGAUUAUUUUCAUUCAAUGAGAAAUAAGCAUGGUAUAACCCCAGAGCUUGGUCACUAUGCUUGUUUAGUGGAUCUACUUGGCCGAGCUGGGCAGCUAGAGGACGCUUUGGAAGUCAUUGACAACAUGCCAUUUAAGCCAGAUCCUUUAAUAUACAAAACAUUAUUGGGUUCUUGCAAACUCCAUGGCAACUUGACUCUAGCUGAAGAUAUGGCAAGACGAGGUCUUGAACUUGAUCCGUCUGACCCAGUUUUCUACACAGUCCUUGCAAACUUGUACGAUGAACUGGGUCGAUCCAACUUAGGCAAGAAGACACGCCAGCUGAUGGAAGAUAGAGGGGUGAGGAAGAAUCCCGGGCAAUGCUGUAUUGAGAAUGGAAACAAGGUUCAUAUCUUCGACGCAGGAGAUAGGUCACAUCCACAGAUGACAGACAUUCAUGACAAAAUAUUGUCACUUACAAAGGAGUUGAAGAGACAAGGUUACACAUUACAAGACACAGAAGGUUCAUCUUAUCAUAGUGAGAAAUUAGCUGUUGUGUUUGGUCUUCUCAAUACUCCAUCUAAGGCUACAAUACACAUAAGCAAGGAUAUUCGUAUCUGCAGUGAAUGUCAUGACUUCAUAAUGCUGCUAACUCGAUUUAUUGAUAGGGAUGUUAUUUUUAGAGAUGGGAACCGAAUCCAUGCUUUUAAGAGAGGUGAGUGCUCGUGCAGAGCCUGCUAUCAACAUAGUUUUCAUGAGAAAAAAAUGUACAGUGCUGCUUUGCUUGGAUAGUCACCUCUCUUGAGAUCAUGAGGUCAGAAUUCCUCAUAUUUUGAGUAUUUCUUAUCCUUAUCAAUACAUUGCAUACACUGCUUGUGUAUGUUUACAAAAUGCAAGAACAUUUUUCAAGAAGAAAACAAGAGUUUAUUCUUUUGAAUGUGAGAGGCUCACUGUUUAACAAUAUAUUUAUAUUUUGUACCUGGAAAAAAGAUAACAUAGAUGUAUAUGGAAGAAAAUUCACAUAUAUAUGUUUGGCUGAUUCCUAAUCUGUAA